CCUGGGUAGCUUACCCACAGGCAGUGGGAAGAGGUAGAUUGGGAGCUGGGGCAGGGCGGGGCAUUGAGCACACACAAUGCACCCUCUGUUCCUGUUCCUGAGUUGGCAGGAGUGCGUGGCCCUGCUUGCUGCACAUGAGGUUUUCAGCCUACCCCCUGGGCUGCUAAGGGGAGGGGCCGCUUUCGGAUUAAGUAGCCCAGAACUACUGGCCACUGCAAAGUGUCUAGUCGGCUAGCUGGGGACAGUGGACCUAAUGUCUCGCCUACUCUAAAAUCCUGAUAGUCCCCGGCCCCUUGCUGACCGUGCUCUAGUCUCUGGUUUAGUUUUGUUUGAGGGGGUUGUUUAUGUAGCCCAGGCUAGAUUAGAACUCACUAUGUAGCUGAGGCUGCAUAUACAUUCCUGAUCUUCUUGUCUCUACUUUAUGGGUGCUGUGAUUACAGGCUUCUGCUAGAAAGCAAAACUCGGGGCCCUGUAAAUGCUACAUUCCCCUGUCCCUCCAAGUCUUAACCCAAUAAUGUUCCUUCAAACCUUGACAAUUCCCGAACCCCCAGCCCACAGCCCAUCCCUUUUCCCUCCCCGCCUUUCGUCUUUGGGAAGCCGCCCACACUGUUCCUUUCCUCGGCUGCGUCUGAGCAGGUCUUCGUGGUGGUGGUGGUGGGGUGUUGCUGCUUUCUGGGUCACCGCAGAGGGAGCUGGGAGAUUAGGGAUAUGGGUCAAGACUGUGAGGACUGCAUGUGAACAGUCUACUUGCCCAGCAAGGGCUUUACCGGCUGCAGAGUGCUGUGACCUCAGGCUCAGGACUGCUUCUGCUUUGGGAGCCCGGGGAAGAGCUGUGCAACGCAUCGCUGAGUCCCACCUGCAGACCAUCAGCAACCUGAGUGAGAACCAGGCCUCGGAGGAAGAGGACGAGUUAGGGGAGCUUCGGGAGCUGGGGUAUCCACAAGAGGAUGAUGAAGAGGAUGAGGACGAGGAUGAAGAGGAGGACGAAGAAGAAGACAGCCAGGCGGAGGUCCUGAAAGGCAGCAGGGGGACUGCGGGGCAGAAGCUUACUUCUGGCCAGGGUCUGGAGGGGCCCUGGGAGCGCCCACCUCCUCUGGAUGAGCCCCAGAGAGAUGGAAACUCUGAGGACCAAGGGGAAGGCAGAGCAACACAAAGUGAGCCGGGAGAGGAGCCUCGGCACCCUACCCCCCCUGAGUCCGGCACAUAAGCUCAGAGCCCUGUAUCUCCCAGGAGGAAGUGCUCCCCAGAAACCCACUCUGUCCCCACCCUCCUUUGUACCCUGUCUUUCACCUGCUAGGGCUGCGGCUUCUGACUUUUAGAAGACUAAGGCUGGUCUGUGUUUGCUUUGGCUGAAGCCCAGAGUCCCCAAUGCCUUUCCCUGCCAGUCAUUCUUCUAUUUACCCGGUGGGAGGGGGGAGGUGCAAGCACCCACACUGGAAACCCCAGAAGGCCAUAAACAAAUAUUCACCCUUCACAAGUCCUCUCUCCAGAUUCUCUCCUCUGGAAGAGAUCUGAGAUCUGGGGAAAGGAGGUACUGAGAGCCUACAGGUACCCUGAGAUCUCCUCCAUCCUCUCUUCCUAUGGGGGGCUUUGAGUCCCCAACGCUCUCAUAGACUUCAACCAGGACCCAGGUCUCAAGCAUUCUUUUGCAGAGCCUCAACAUUCUGGAUGUCGUCCCUUAUUGUCCUGUUCCUGCUGGGUGCCUGCAAGAUGGACUGGCAGACUGCUUGCUGCGUUUCGUUUGUGCUUUGGUGCCAGGAAUGCACUUACUAUAUGUCCUUAGAGGGACCACACAGUGCCGGGGUGGGGGGCCUGGUUCUCCUUGUCCUCCAGCAACUUGGUUCCCUUCCCCUUCUCCCCUGACUCCAGGCCUGACCCCCCUCCUUUGCUGUAAUAAAUCUUUGUAAAUAAUU